AUCUACACCGGAUAAGGCGGGUGCAUUGUAGCGGAACCCGGAAAUUAGUAACCGAGCACCGCACGAUCAGACGACAAGAGCUGACGCAUUGCUUAAAACUUCAUGUCUUUUGGGAUAUAAAACCAAAACCCAGUAACCGUCAAAGGAAGACUUACAUUUUAAUAACCAGAAUGGAAGGGUCAUUAACAGUUAUUUCCAAUCCCUCUGUGAAUGUGCGUCUAACCACCGCCAUAUCCUCUUUUGAGGUCAAGCGAAGGUUUGAUAGAGGCUUGUGCAUUGCAGAGCUGAAGGGGAAACUGGAGAUGGUUGUGGGCGUGCCUUCCUCCUGCAUGGACCUGGAGUUGUUCAGCACCUCAGACGAUUACAUGCAAAAAAUGGAUGACGACAACGCUUUGCUGGGCUCUUAUCCAGUGGAUGAUGACUGCAGAAUACACGUUAUUGAUCAAAGUGGUGGUCAACUGGGAGAGUUCACUGAUGUUUCCAAAGUGGAGAAGUUUGCUCUGUCAGAUGACGCGUAUGAAAAGAGAACAGAGACGGCAAGGUCCUUCAUGAAGAAGCAGUCACUCGGUCGCUACAAUGAAGAAGAAAUGGCCAAGAAGAAAGCAGAGAGCAUCGCUCGGGAAGAAGAACAGAAGGCGGCUGCUGAAGCCAUUACCGUCGGCAGCCGAUGCCAAGUGCACGCCAGCGGGCAGCCCACAAAGCUUGGCACAGUCAUGUAUGUUGGCACAACAGAAUUUAAGCCAGGCUUUUGGGUGGGUGUGAAGUAUGAUGAGCCACUGGGGAAACAUGACGGCAGUUGUAACGGGAAGCGGUACUUUGAAUGUGAGAACAAAUAUGGAGGCUUCGUGAAGCCGCUGAACGUGACCGUCGGAGACUUUCCUGAAGAGGAUUACGGUUUAGAUGAAAUGUAGGACUGAACGUGCGAUGGUGGGGGAGAAAAAACAUCAUCCAAACAUAUUUUUUUUGCAUCUUGUGAUUUUUCAAGAGGGAAGGUGAGCAGUUGUGUUUGAGUUAAGUGUGUUCUUUUAACUCCAAAGUCCUUCAUUUCAUGGUCAUGCAGCAUAAUAUUUAAUGUACGCCUAUUCUGUAUCCUUGCGCAUGCAGGAUGUGAUCAUAUGUACAAUAUAAGAAUACUAAAAAGGCAGAGUUUUUGAUGCAAAUUUGAUCCUUCAUGUGUUUGUAAUGUCACAGUAUACUGUAUUGUCAUUUUUCAUCCUUUGAUUUAUUGCAGUGUGUACCAAUCAUACUGUACAAAAAGGAAGCUCUUCCUUUUCAAAUGUUUGUGUAAAAUAUAGAUCAUGUCUCCAUGUAGAUAAAUGAUGCAUUGCAUUUCCUCUUAUUUUUAUAUUAAUGAAGUCCUGUCAUUGAAAAUGUUUGCAAUCUAAUGUGUCGUGUUUAUGUUGAGCCACUGCAGUUGAACUCAUCAGAAAAUCUUUUCACAAAAAUUGACAUAGAAUACUUUUUUUUUAAUCAUUAAGAUUGCUAUCAAUAUUCAGAAUUGGGAACUGUAGACAGGAAAUAUGGAACUGAUUAAGUUAUGGUAAUUUUAACAGUCCUCCUUUGUGUCGCAAUUUCUGUAAAUGUUUCUAUCUACAGGGCGCUCUUGAAAAUUGAUGUAAAGACAACCAAAUUUUCUUCCAUUCUUACUCCCAAUAAUGCACCACCACGUUGGGCACAAACAAGAGUUGUAUAAAGACAAAUAUGGUAAAAGGAAAUAGCCUAACAUCACAAAUGUCUUGCACACUUUCUCCACUUUUUCUUAACGCUCAGGUCUAACUGGAUUUCUUAUGGACCCGCUGCAAAGCAAGCACCCAAUAUGGGUGUUAAGAUAGUUGUUUCUGUUUCAUUUUUACCUAUACAUAGUCCAAUUAUUUGUUUCAAAUGUUUAGUUUUCUGUUUUUUCCCCAUUAUGGAAUUAAUAAAAGUCUAUCCAUCUAUUCUUUUA